CCCAGCGUGCCCCGCGCAGGUGAUACCAAGAUGGCAGCUCCUUUGACUCUGCUGCUGAUCGUGGCCGUCACCGUCCGCGCAGCUCUUUUUAGGUCCACUUUGGCACACUUGAUCGCCGAGAGGGUGGAGGUGGUGUCCCCGUUAACUGCCUGGAAAAGAGUGGUUGAAGGUUUGGCUCUGCUCGAUUUGGGAGUGUCGCCAUAUGCGGGAGACGUUUUUCAUGAGACUCCUCUCAUCAUCUACCUCUUCCACUUCUUGGUGGACUAUGCAGAGAUUACAUUCAUGCUGGCUGAUGGCAUCUCGGCGGUGGCCCUCUACUACGCCGUGCAGGACUACAACAAACAAGUGUUCAGGAAGCAGAAAUACGCUCUGGAAGCCGAGCGCUACCCCGCCGACUGUCACGAGCUGGUCAGAAGCCCCGCAGAGAUGCACUACAUCCCCCUGAAGGUGGCCAUGUUUUACCUUCUGAACCCGUUCACCGUGCUGUCGUGCGUAGCCAAGUCCACGUGCGGCCUGAACAACGCCGUGGUGUCGCUCUUCGUCCUGGCCACCGUUAAAGGAAACGCGUUGCUGAGCGCCAUCUUCUUGGCCUUGGCGACGUACCAGAGCAUCUACCCGCUCACGCUGUGUGCCGCCGCUCUGCUCUACCUGAUGCAGCGUCAGUUCAUCCCUGUCAACGCGCGUCGCCUGAGUUUCUGGUGGUUCGUGGCCCAGUACGCCUUCAUGUACCUGGGCAGCCUCUUCGUCACGGUGGGCCUCUCCUUCUUCCUGCUGGGCUCCUGGGACUUCCUGCCUUCGGUCUACGGCUUCAUCCUCUCCGUUCCCGACCUAACGCCCAACAUCGGCCUCUUCUGGUACUUCUUCGCGGAGAUGUUCGAACACUUCCGCCUCUUCUUCCUCUGCGUGUUCCAGAUUAACGUCUUCAUCUACACCAUCCCUCUGUCCAUCAAGCUCAAGGACCAUCCGGUGUUCCUGAUCUUCAUGCAGCUGGCCAUCAUCUCCAUCUUCAAGUCGUACCCCACGGUGGGGGACAUGGCUCUCUACAUGGCCUUCCUCCCUGUCUGGAGUCACCUUACCAGAUUCCUUCGGAACGUGUUCCUGGUGUCCUGCGUGCUGCUGGCGUGUUCUGCUCUCUUUCCGGUGUUGUGGCACUUGUGGAUUUACGCGGGCAGCGCCAACUCCAACUUCUACUACGCCACUACGCUACUCUUCAACGUCUCUCAGAUCCUGCUGGUGUCGGACUACUUCUACGCCUUCUUGAGGCGAGAGCACCACCUGACCCACGGACUCUACUUGAAGAAGAAAGACGGCUCCGAGGCCACGCUGGUGCUCAAAUAAAACCCGACGAGGGACCACACCAAAGAACUUUGGAGGGUGGAAAAGGAACAAUGUCCGGUUCUUUUUGGUCCUCGCCCAUGUCCUGCAGGGCUUUUGUUUUGUGACUUUGUUUACACAACAUCAUGUGAUCACUAACAGGAAGUUCAAUGAUGUUUUUUAUUACUCGGAGUGAGGACAAUUUAUGAAGGAAUAUUUGGGCCACCACAUAGGAGGAUUUUUUACAUUUUUUUUUUAUGCAGGUGCACCUCAAUGAAUUUGGAUAUUAUAGAAGUUAUUUUGUUUCAGUAGUUGAAAUCAAAAUAGUGAAAUAUUUUUGUGCUUACGCCAAAGCAGUGAUGUCCCCUUAUUUUUUGUGCACAGGAGUUAGUCACUCAAUUUUCAGUAUCUGCUGAUAUCGAGUCCCGAUCCGACACGUAGGCAAUGCAUUAAGAACAAGAAAAAAAAAAGACCACGUCCAACUGUGUUUGGUCAUGCCAGAGUGUGAGGCACGAGGAGAACGUCGACGAAUUACUGCAGCAACAGAGCUAACCCAAUGCCCCGCACAUAAAAAUAACGCUCGAAACCAGGGGUCUGAAACUCAACUUAUCUGGGAGCCUGAUGGAGGGAGUUGGUGAGUCUGAGCCGCAUCAACGAUUCCACGAAAAAAGCACAACAAAUCAAAUCUUGAUAUUGUCGUCACUGACUCUCACUCAUCAUCAUUAUUAUUAUUAUUAAGAGUUCGGAACAAGAUGGGUGACCCAGUCCUCUCUCUCGUCUCACUGGUAUUUUGCAUAUACCUCAGCAUGUCUAGUUGAGUAAUGAUGUCCGAUGCUUUUAUUUCUUGAGCACCGCAACUUUCUCUGCAUAUAAGACACGUCGUGGUGCGCCUGCGCUCAACAAAAAACAUUCCAUCACACACUUUUCCUAAAGUUGACUGUGCUCGUUGCCGACCUUUCUGUUCCCGGCAGGUUUGGAGAAAGUUUGGCUAACUUCGACACGGUCGUGAGCGUGAACUUAUAAGUGAUUAAAAAAAAAAAAAACACCCAAGGCAAUGACUCUGCAAAAAAAAUAAAAAUAAAAAAACACAGGCUGCACUAUCCCUGAACUUUGAUGUCUAAGAUGAGGGGGGGCCCUCAAAAUAUUGUCUCGCGGGCCUCAAUUGGCCCCCAGGCUGCAAGUUUGACAACCUGCUUAAAACGAUAGGUUAUAUCGUACAGAUAUGAUAUAUACCGUUACAUAGCACAGCUCUAUUUGUAACAUUUCAAAAUUAGGACAAUUUCAAAAAUGCAAGCUUUUUCACCCAAUACUGAUCAUCUGAAAAUUACGAGAUCGGAUCGGAUCGGGACAAAUCUAAAUCAAGUAUUACUUUGGGACCACCCAGUGGCAUGUCGGUGCCGGGGAACCGCGUGAGUGAUUCGAGCUUCAUUUAGACAAAAGCAGUACUUUGUCGCCUUUAAGAGUAACAAUAAUGGAAAACGGCUUCUUUUAUUAUAACCAGUUCCCAGGAAUUCGAUUCUUACGAAUCAUUUGAUUGCUUGCCCUGACAGUUCCGCUCAUUGAUUUCUCUUACGUGUGUAAUGUUCCGAACUUUUCCAACAUGGCAACAAGGCAUAAACGCUAUUCAAUCUGGCAAUAUUUCACACAAUUGGGUUUUUUUCAACAGACCUAUGUUGUAUUAAGUUGAAAAAUAGCACUAAAUAUUCCCAAAUGUUAGUAGCCAAAGUGUCAUAUAUGUAUGGGGAAAUUUAUCCAGUGGGGGGGAGAAAAAAAAAAAAACUAUACCUGGUAUAUAAAAAGAGAGCGGAUAUCCUGGCGGGAAUGAUUGAAGUGAGGAGCUCUCAUUUGACUGUUCUCGGUGUCAAUGUUUCAAAUGGACCCAAAAACCCACCCAAAUCCGGGCUCCAACUGUCCACUGCCAAAGUGUCCUUGCCUACAGGUCGGAAUUGUAAAUGAGAAACCUCUCUCCAAAAAAAAAAAAAAAAAAGUAUCGGUCAAGGAAUCCCUCAUUUCUUCUUAGUUCCCAUCCCUAACCCAAGAGUUCGAAAGCUUUUUGUGUGGCCGUCUGGAUUUGAGCUAUUCACGACAGGGCCCAAUGAAAUUCAUUCGGUUUUCCACAGUAUCCAAACUCGUUGCGAUGCACCAUGAAAAAGGUCAACGUCCACUUGAACGCUUGCACGUAUGUUUUUUCUUUUCAAUGUGCGGCCCUAAUACGCCUUUGUGAGAGCUAAUGCACCAACUGUGGAAAGUAGAACGAAUGUUUGACUUUUGUAACUAAAGCGUGUACUUUUAAACCAAGAAUGUUUUGGGUGGAAGCUGCUCAUUGAUUUCCACGCACCUUUCAAUUGGGGAAUGACUCAUAUUUGCUAUUCACUCAUAGAUCGAAGAGAGAUUUUUUUGAUAUAAUUUAUUUUGUACAGUAAAACAGAGGCGUGUUCCUCACAUGGUCGAGUAUUUAACACAUGAAAAAAAAAUGUCAUCAGAUGUUGACACAAAGCAACCAGCGAGAUUGAUCGGCUAUUUUUUGUUUGUGUAAUAAACAUGAUAGAAAGAUGCCUGUGUGUGUCUGUGUGGGUGUCAUCCUGCUCCUCGCAGGUCCUUAUUUGGGCGGCCUGUAGGCAAUCUUCCUGCUCUUGAGCACAGCCCACCUGUGUCGUUUCAUG